AUGUCUGGCAUCAAAACAAUCGUGGUCCUAGGCGCAGGCCCAGCUGCCAUGCCCAUCAUCCGUCAAACAAUGGUCAACCAAGUCCUCAAGCGCGACGAUCUUAAGAUCGUAGUCGUCUCUCCCAACACUCACUUCCACUGGCCCGUUGCAAUGCCUCGAGUCGUCGUCCCCGGUCAAGUGCCAGACGACAAGGCCUUUGUUCCCCUUGAGCCUACUUUCGCGGACUAUCCCGCCGAAAAGUUCGAGUGGAUUCAGGGCAAGGCUAUUGCUCUCGACACUUCUUCUAACCUCGUCCGUGUUGAGCUGAACGACACUCCUACUAUUAGAGAGGUCAACUAUCACACUCUGAUUAUUGCUACUGGCUCCCGCACGCGGGACGGUAUGGUUUGGAAGGGUAUCGGCUCUACACAAGAGGCCAAGGAUAAGUUGCACGAUGUGCAGGAUCAGAUUAGCAAGGCCAAGACUAUCGUUGUUUCUGGUGGUGGAACGACUGGCUCAGAGACAGCCGGUGAACUGGGCUUCGAGUAUUCUCAGCGCGGAGAAAAGGAGGUCAUCUUCAUCUACUCGGGCGAACUACCCCUUUCUCCUCCUGCUACCGAUACAGUCCGCAAGUCUAUCGUCAAGGAGCUCGAGAACCUCAAAGUCAAGAACAUGCCCAACACAAAGGUCAUCAGCGCAACACCUACACCAGGAUCGUCAGACAUUGUCCUCGAAGUCCGCUCCUCUGAUGGCACAACCAAGCAAAUCACUGCGCAGGCCUACCUUCCCGCAACAGGAAUCGUUGCCAAUACCGAGUUCGUCCCCAAGACACUUCUAGACAGCAACGGCUUCAUCAAGCAGACCACUCGUCUCCAGGUUGAAGGGCACAAGAACAUCUUUGUUGUCGGCGACGCAGGUAACCUUGAGGCGUCACAGCUUGGAAUGGCAGAGAACCAGUCGAUCCACCUAUUCAAAGCUCUCCCUGCGUAUCUUGAAGGUGGCGAGGUUCCAGAGUAUGCCCCUGCAACAAAGCCCAUGUUCGGCGUGACGCUUGGCCGAAGCAGAGCGACAGGCCAGCUUGGUACCUGGAAGUUGCCCAGUAUCUUGAUCUGGUUCGGCAAGGGCCGGGCUAUGGGCACUGACAAGUCUGAAGGGUGGGCGGCUGGAAAGAGAACUAUCAUGCAUACUUUUGAGAAGUGA